CUAGGUAGGAGUCCAAGAUGAACCUGAAAGGUUAGUGGCCCCAGAGGGAGGGUGAAUAGAGCAGACGAGGUGGCCGAACGCUCCUUCCCGCGCUAAGGAACUCGUCUCGAUACAUUUCUAUAUAAACCCCCUCUCCUUCUGCCUUCCCACGCCUCUUCCCUUCCUUCUUCCACAACACAACACAAAACACACAACACAACCUCUUCUCUCGUCUCCCCCCCUCGAUCUCUCGAUCAAUCCUUCCUCCUCUGAAGCUUUCGUAUGUCAAGUACCUAAGGUAUCUCUGGAAGCUCCAGCUUCGUUCAAGUAAGUUCCCCAGCGUCAACAGUCGCGGUCGCGAUCAAGACACUGCAAGACUACUGUAUCUCUUUUCUUUCUCCAUCUCCAGUCCCAAUUGCCCUUCAUCAAAGACUUCACCUCGUCUCACUUGAUCACGUCUCAACCUGAACCUCGAUCACUGACGCGUUAUUCUCCCCAGAUCCAAAUCACCCUUACACAUCGUGUUGCUUGUCAACACCAAAACAGCAUAUAACCUUAAGACUGCUCUUCAUUCAGAAGAACAAUCUUCACCAUGGCUAAUUGGGGCACUGCUGAGAUGCACGCUGCUCUUCCUGAACAAACCUCCGAGGGUGUCCACGUAGCUGUUCCGGCCGCUGUACCAGCAAAGAACCCACAAGAGUAUGGUUGGGUUGAGCCAACCAAGUACAAUUAUGACCUCUAUACCAAGUCCUCGAAGGAGCUUGCAGAGGCUCAAUCAAACGGUCUUGGUGAAUCUGCUGAUACCGAGGAUGUAGGUGUUGGUGGCAUUGCGGUUGGUGAAUGGGCCAGCAACGCUAAAAUCUACACUUGGGAUGACGAAUACGGCGAUGUCGUUCCUCGCUUUCCUGAUCUUGAGAAGCAGCUCUUCGGUUCCGAGAACCAUGUCCGCACCGGCAUCAAAUUCGAGAAGUAGGUGAUCCCUUCCACUGUAUGGAGCACAACUAACGAGUUGCAUAGUGUCACUCAGAUCGAGGUUUCACAGGAAGGUGCUAUCCGAAUCAAGCCCAUCAAGCACUUUUCUGAUGCUGGCCUGCAUCCUGUGAUGUUAGAAAACGUUCAGCUUGCUGGUUACGAAGUCCCAACCCCCAUUCAACAAUAUACCAUUCCAUCGGUUAUUGAAGGCCAUGACUUGGUCGCAUGUGCUCAGACAGGUAAUCACCGAGUAUUCAAUUCAUCAAUCUUCCUUUGUUGACUGUAUGCAAGGUUCCGGCAAGACCGCAGCCUUCUUGAUUCCCAUAUUAUCAAAGCUGAUGGGCAAGGCUAAGAAGUUGUGUGCUCCACGCCCAAAUCCAGCCACCUUCAUUUCAGGCGAAACUCCAGGUGUUCGUGCCGAGCCAUUGGUCUUGAUUGUUGCUCCAUGCCGAGAGUUGGCUACUCAGAUCUUUGACGAGGCUCGUCGAUUCUGUUAUCGUUCCAUGCUUCGUCCAGCCGUUGUCUACGGAGGCGGUCCAAUCGCCGAACAGAUUCGUCAACUGGAGAAGGGUUGUGAUGUUCUGAUUGGUACUCCCGGUCGUCUCUGUGAUUUUAUCAAUCGCCCCCAUCUCCUCACUCUUCGUCGCUUGAAGUACAUGGUCAUUGACGAGGCCGAUGAGAUGCUCAACACAGAUUGGGAAGCUGAGCUCAAGCAGAUCAUGUCUGGUGGUGAUCAGGAGGAGGGAAAUAUCAAGUACUUGAUGUUCUCCGCCACCUUCCCAAAGAUGGCUCGUGAACUCGCCACUCAGCACUUGGCUCAUAACCAUGUCCGCAUUCAUGUUGGUCGUGCCGGUUCCUCGCACCAAAACAUCAAGCAGGAUGUUAUUUUCGUCGAGCCUCACCUCAAGAAGCAAGCCUUGUUGGAUCUCCUUCUCUCCGCUCCACCUGCUAGAACAAUCAUCUUUGUCAACAGCAAGCGAGCUGCAGAUGAGGCCGAUGACUUCCUUUUCAACAAUAACAUCCCUUGCACAUCCAUUCAUGCCGGUCGUACUCAGCGUGAGCGUGAGGACUCCAUCCGUGCUUUCAGAUCUGGCAAGACACCAGUUCUAAUUGCUACCGGUGUUUCUGCUCGUGGUUUGGAUAUUCACAAGGUUAUGCACGUUGUAAACUUUGACCUUCCUUCUGCUCAAUACGGUGGUAUUCAAGAGUACACUCACCGAAUUGGUCGUACUGGUCGUAUCGGCAACUUGGGAUUAGCUACCUCAUUCUACGACCCCCGUCGGGACGCUGAUAUUGCCGAACCAUUGGUAAAGCUCAUGCUCGAGACUCGUCAAGUUAUUCCCGACUUCCUUCGCGAGUUCCUUCCGGAGGGUUUCACCACUGAUGACGAUGGAAAUGUUACUGGUGACUUCGCCGGGCUCAAGUUCGAGGAUGCUGACGAGGAGGAUAAUGCUGAGGGCGGUUGUGAUGGCUGGGGAACUGAUGCUCAGGCUGCAGCUCCCACUGAGACUUCUGAUUGGGCCACUGAGAAAUCUCAGGCUGCUCCUAUUCAAGCUACUCCAGCUCCUGUUGCUCCAAGCCUGUCAUCUGGUGACUUUGGUGCCUCUCAGGGUCCACCUGCCCCUCCUUCUCAGUUUGGUCAGCAAACUCCUACGCAAUCAAACUGGGGUGUCCCAUCAGCUCCUGCUCCAGUCCCAGCUGCUUCAGUCACCCAACAUGGUCAUGGUGCUCCCUUUGGUAGUGGUCCUCAAUAUGUUGCUCAGGCUGCUCAAUAUGGUGGCUCUCAGUAUGGUAGCCACGCUCCUCGAAACAAUGGUCAGGGUCCCCAAUACUCUGGACAGCCUGGUGCUCAAUAUGGUGGUCAACCUGCACAAGGCUUUGCUGCACCUCUUAAAUAUCAGCAAUAUGGCGACCAGCCAGCUCAACCCACUCACUACGCCAAUUCUCCAGACUAUGGCUCUCUUCCAUCCGUUCCCCUUCAGAACUCCGCUCCUGCUGCUAAUAGGGGUGGCUGGGGUGCUCCGGUUCAGAACGUUGCUCCUCGCAAUGGACCAGCUCCAGCAGCUACUCUACCUCCGGCUACUACUGCUUCUAACGUUGGCUGGGAUCAUGGCGCUACUUGGUAACAGUUCUUUGUCGUCAUUCUUCGUUCUUCUUGAGUCUUUCCGAUCAGAGUCUCCCACAUGGGCUGGCAUUUGCAUCUUGGACGUCAAAGGUGGUUAAGGAUGGAGGAGAGGAAAAAUCCACGCGCACUCAAAGUUGUGGCAUGAAUCUUUCUUUUUCUGUUAUUUGCGAUCUGGGGUGGAGAAUCUGCAAGUGACGAGAUUUUGGGACUGGCCAUGCGUGUACAUGGAUGCUCGAUCUCGGGAACGGAGGAUGUCUUCUGUAAAUGGUUAGAGAAACAUCGGGGCAUUAGUUGAUAAUCUAAUGGCUAUUGCACCACUGUUUUAAGCUCGCCUGCUGUGAG